AUGCUCUCUCCGGACGCCCCAGAGCGUCGCGAUGCUCUCCCCAGCCGCCCCGGAGCGUCGCGAUGCUCUCCCCGGACGCCCCAGAGCGUCGCGAUGCUCUCCCCAGCCGCCCCGGAGCGUCGCGAUGCUCUCCCCGGACGCCCCAGAGAGUCGCGAUGCUCUCCUAGGACGCCCCAGAGCGUCGCGAUGCUCUCCCCAGACGCCCCGGAGCCUCGCGAUGCUCCCCCAGGACGCCCCAGAGCGUCGCGAUGCUCUCCCCGGACGCCCCAGAGCGUCGUGAUGCUCUCCCCGGCCGCCCCAGAGCGUCGCGAUGCUCUUCCCGGACGCCUCGGAGCGUCGCGAUGCUCUCCCCGGCCGCCCCGGAGCGUCGCGAUGCUCUCCCCGGACGCCCCAGAGCAUCGCGAUGCUCUCCCCAGCUGCCCCAGGUCGUCGCGAUGCUCUCCCAAGCCGCCCCGGAGCGUCGAGAUGCUCUCCCCGGACGCCCCGAAGCGUCGCAAUGCUCUCCCCGGACGCCCCGGAGCGUCGCGAUGCUCUCCCCAGACGCCCCGGAGCGUCGCGAUGCUCUCUGCGGACGCCCCGGAGCGUCGCGAUGCUCUCCCCGGACCUCCCAGAGCGUCGCGAUGCUCUCCCCGGACGCCCCAGAGCGUCGCGAUGCUCUCUCUGGACGCCACAGAGCGUCGCGAUGCUCUCCCCGGCCGCCCCGGAGCGUCGAGAUGCUCUCCCCGGAAGCCCCGGAGCGUCGCGAUGCUCUCCUCGGACGCCCCGGAGCGUCACGAUGCUCUCCCCGGACGCUCCAGAGCGUCGCGAUGCUCUCCCCGGACGCCCCGGAGCGUCGCGAUGCUCUCCCCGGACGCCCCAGAGCGUCGCGAUGCUCUCCCCGGACGCCCGGAGCGUCGCGAUGCUCUCCCCGGACGCCUUGGAGCGUCGCGAUGCUCUCCCCGGACGCCCCAGAGCAUCGCGAUGCUUUCCCCGGACGCCCCAGAGCGUCGCGAUGCUCUCCCCAGCCGCCCCGCAGCGUCGCGAUGCUCUCCUUGGACGCCUCAGAGCAUCGCGGUGCUCUCCCCGGACGCCCCAGAGCGUCGCGAUGCUCUCCCCGGCCGACCCGGAGCGACGCGAUCCUCUCCCCAGCUGCCCCGGAGCGUCGCGAUGCUCUCCCCGGACGCCCCAGAGCGUCGCGAUGCUCUCCCCGGACGCCCCAGAACGUCGCGAUGCUCUCCCCGGACGCUUCGGAGCGUCGCGAUGCUCUCUUUGGCCGCCCCAGAGCGUCGCGAUGCUCUCCCUGGACGCCCCAGAGCGUCGCGAUGCUCUCCCCGGACGCCCCAGAGCGUCGCGAUGCUCUCCCCGGACGCCCUAGAGCGUCGCGAUGCUCUUCCCGGAUGCCCUGGAGGUCGCGAUGCUCUCCCCGGACGCCCCUGGGCGUCGCGAUGCUCUCCUGGACGCCCCAGAGCGUCGCGAUGGUCUCCCCAGCCGCCCCCGAGCAUCGCGAUGCUCUCCCUGGACGCCCCAGAGCGUCGCGAUGCUCUCCCCGGACGCCCCAGAGCGUCGCGAUGCUCUCCCCGGCCGCCCCGGAGCGUCGCGAUGCUCUCCCCAACCACCCCCGAGCGUCGCGAUGCUCUCCCAGGACGCCCCGGAGCGUCGCGAUGCUCUCCCCGGACGCCCGAGAGCGUCGCGAUGCUCUCCCCGGACGCCCCAGAGCGUCCCGAUGCUCUCCCCGGACGCCCCAGAGCGUCCCGAUGCUCUCCCCGGACGCCCCAGAGCAUCGUGAUGCUCUCCCCGGACGCCCCAGAGCAUCGCGAUGCUUUCCCCGGACGCCCCAGAGCGUCGCGAUGCUCUCCCCAGCCGCCCCGCAGCGUCGCGAUGCUCUCCUUGGACGCCUCAGAGCAUCGCGGUGCUCUCCCCGGACGCCCCAGAGCGUCGCGAUGCUCUCCCCGGCCGACCCGGAGCGACGCGAUCCUCUCCCCCGCUGCCCCGGAGCGUCGCGAUGCUCUCCCCGGACGCCCCAGAGCGUCGCGAUGCUCUCCCCGGACGCCCCAGAACGUCGCGAUGCUCUCCCCGGACGCUUCGGAGCGUCGCGAUGCUCUCUUUGGCCGCCCCAGAGCGUCGCGAUGCUCUCCCUGGACGCCCCAGAGCGUCGCGAUGCUCUCCCCGGACGCCCCAGAGCGUCGCGAUGCUCUCCCCGGACGCCCUAGAGCGUCGCGAUGCUCUUCCCGGAUGCCCUGGAGGUCGCGAUGCUCUCCCCGGACGCCCCUGGGCGUCGCGAUGCUCUCCUGGACGCCCCAGAGCGUCGCGAUGGUCUCCCCAGCCGCCCCCGAGCAUCGCGAUGCUCUCCCUGGACGACCCAGAGCGUCGCGAUGCUCUCCCCGGACGCCCCAGAGCGUCGCGAUGCUCUCCCCGGCCGCCCCGGAGCGUCGCGAUGCUCUCCCCAGCCACCCCCGAGCGUCGCGAUGCUCUCCCAGGACGCCCCGGAGCGUCGCGAUGCUCUCCCCGGACGCCCGAGAGCGUCGCGAUGCUCUCCCCGGACGCCCCAGAGCGUCCCGAUGCUCUCCCCGGACGCCCCAGAGCGUCCCGAUGCUCUCCCCGGACGCCCCAGAGCAUCGUGAUGCUCUCCCCGGACGCCCCAGAGCAUCGCGAUGCUUUCCCCGGACGCACCAGAGCGUCGCGAUGCUCUCCCCAGCCGCCCCGGAGCGUCGCGAUGCUCUCCCCGGACGCCCUAGAGCAUCGCGAUGCUCUCCCCAGCCGCCCCGGAGCGUCGCAAUGCUCUCCCCGGACGCCCCAGAGCGUCGCGAUGCUCUCCCCGGACGCCUCAGAGCGUCGCGAUACUCUCCCCGGCCGCCCCGGAGCGUCGCGAUGCUCUCCCCGGCCGCCCCGGAGCGUCGCGAUGCUCUCCCCGGACGCCCCAGAGCGUCGCGAUGCUCUCCCCAGCCGCCCCGGAGCGUCGCGAUGCUCUCCCCGGACGCCCCAGAGCGUCGUGAUGCUCUCCCCGGACGCCCCAGAGCGUCGCGAUACUCUCCCCGGCCGCCCCGGAGCGUCGCGAUGCUCUCCCUGGACGCCCCAGAGCAUCGCGAUGCUCUUCCCGGACGGCCCAGAGCGUCGCGAUGCUCUCCCCUGACGCCCCGGAGUGUCGCGAUGCUCUCCCAAGCCGCCCCGGAGCGUCGCGCUGCUGUCCCUGGACGCCCAAGAGCGUCGAGAUGCUCUCCCCAGCCGCCCCGGAGCGUCGCGAUGCUCUCCUCGGACGCCCCAGAGCGUCGCGAUGCUCUCCACGGACGCCCCGGAGCGUCGCGAUGCUCUCCCCAGCCGCCCCGGAGCGUCGCGAUGCUCUCCUCGGAGGCCCCAGAGCGUCGCGAUGCUCUCCACGGACGCCCCGGAGCGUCGCGAUGCUCUCCCCAGACGCCCAGAAGCGUCACGAUGCUCUCCCCGGACGCCUCGGAGCGUCGCAAUGAUCUCCCCGGCCGCCCCGGAGCGUCGCGAGGCUCUCCCCAGCCGCCCCGGAGCGUCGAGAUGCUCUCCCCGGACGCCCCAGAGCGUCGCGAUGCUCCUUCCGGACGCUUCGGAGCGUGGCGAUGCUCUCUUUGGCCGCCCCAGAGCGUCGCGAUGCUCUCCCCGGCCGCCCCGGAGCAUCGCGAUGCUCUCCCCGGACGCCCCAGAGCGUCGCGAUGCUCUCCCCAGCCGCCCCGGAGUGUCGGGAUGCUCUCCCCGGACGCCCCAGAGCGUCGCGAUGCUCUCCCCGGACGCCCCAGAGCGUCGCGAUACUCUCCCCGGCCGCCCUGGAGCGUCGCCAUGCUCUCCCUGGACGCCCCAGAGCAUCGCGAUGCUCUUCCCGGACGGCCCAGAGCGUCGCGAUGCUCUCCCCUGACGCCCCGGAGUGUCGCGAUGCUCUCCCAAGCCGCCCCGGAGCGUCGCGCUGCUGUCCCUGGACGCCCAAGAGCGUCGAGAUGCUCUCCCCAGCCGCCCCGGAGCGUCGCGAUGCUCUCCUCGGACGCCCCAGAGCGUCGCGAUUCUCUCCACGGACGCCCCGGAGCGUCGCGAUGCUCUCCCCAGCCGCCCAGAAGCGUCACGAUGCUCUCCCCGGACGCCUCGGAGCGUCGCGAUGAUCUCCCCGGCCGCCCGGGAGCGUCGCGAGGCUCUCCCCAGCCGCCCCGGAGCGUCGAGAUGCUCUCCCCGGACGCCCCAGAGCGUCGCGAUGCUCUCCCCGGACGCUUCGGAGCAGCGUCGCGAUGCUCUCCUCGGACGCCCCAGAGCGUCGCGAUGCUCUCCCCGGACGCCCCAGAGCGUCACGAUGCUCUCCCCGGACGCCCCGGAGCGUCGCGAUGCUCUCCUCGGCCGACCCGAAGCGUCGCGAUGCUCUCCCCGGACGCCCUAGUGCGUCGCGAUGCUCUCCCCAGCCGCCCCGGAGCGUCGCGAUGCUCCCCCCGGACGCCCCAGAGCGUCGCGAUGCUCUCCCCGGACGCCCCAGAGCGUCGCGAUACUCUCCCCGGCCGCCCCGGAGCGUCGCGAUGCUCUCCCCGGCCGCCCCGGAGCGUCGCGAUGCUCUCCCCGGACGCCCCAGAGCGUCGCGAUGCUCUCCCCAGCCGCCCCGGAGCGUCGCGAUGCUCUCCCCGGACGCCCCAGAGCGUCGCGAUGCUCUCCCCGGACGCCCCAGAGCGUCGCGAUACUCUCCCCGGCCGCCCCGGAGCAUCGCGAUGCUCUCCCUGGACGCCCUUGAGCAUCGCGAUGCUCUCCCCGGACGCCCCAGAGCGUCGCGAUACUCUCCCCGGCCGCCCAGGAGCGUCGCGAUGCUCUCCCCGGCCGCCCCGGAGCGUCGCGAUGCUCUCCCCGGCUGCCCCGGAGCGUCGCGAUGCUCUCCCUGGACGCCCCGGAGCGUCGCGAUGCUCUCCCCGGAUGCCGCAGAGCGUCGCGAUGCUCUCCCCGGACGCCCCAGAGCGUCGCGAUACUCUCCCCGGCCGCCCCGGAGCGUCGCGAUGCUCUCCCCGGACGCCCCGGAGCGUCGCGAUGCUCUCCCCGGCCGCCCCGAAGCGUCGCGAUGCUCUCCCCGGACGCACUAGAGCGUCGCGAUGCUCUCCCCAGCCGCCCCGGAGCGUCGCGAUGAUCUCCCCGGACGCCCCAGAGCGUCGCGAUGCUCUCCCCGGACGCCCCAGAGCGUCGCGAUGCUCUCCCCAGCCGCCCCGGAGCGUCGCGAUGCUCUCCCCGGACGCCCCAGAGCGUCGCGAUGCUCUCCCCGGACGCCCCAGAGCGUCGCGAUACUCUCCCCGGCCGCCCCGGAGCGUCGCGAUGCUCUCCCUGGACGCCCCAGAGCAUCGCGAUGCUCUUCCCGGACGGCCCAGAGCGUCGCGAUGCUCUCCCCAGACGCCCCGGAGUGUCGCGAUGCUCUCCCAAGCCGCCCCGGAGCGUCGCGCUGCUGUCCCUGGACGCCCAAGAGCGUCGAGAUGCUCUCCCCAGCCGCCCCGGAGCGUCGCGAUGCUCUCCUCGGACGCCCCAGAGCGUCGCGAUGCUCUCUACGGACGCCCCGGAGCGUCGCGAUGCUCUCCCCAGCCGCCCAGAAGCAUUACGAUGCUCUCCCCGGACGCCUCGGAGCGUCGCGAUGAUCUCCCCGGCCGCCCCGGAGCGUCGAGAUGCUCUCCCCGGACGCCCCAGAGCGUCGCGGUGCUCUCCCCGGACGCUUCGGAGAGUCGCGAUGCUCUCUUUGGCCGCCCCAGAGCGUCGCGAUGCUCUCCCUGGACGCCCCAGAGCGUCGCGAUGCUCUCCCCGGACGCCCCAGAGCGUCGCGAUGCUCUCCCCGGACGCCCUAGAGCGUCGGGAUGCUCUCCCCGGACGCCCCGGAGCGUCGCGAUGCUCUCCCCGGACGCCCCAGAGCAGCAUUGCGAUGCUCUCCCCAGCCACCUCGGAGCGUCGCGAUGCUCUCCCACGACGCCCCAGAGCGUCGCGAUGCUCUCCCCGGACGCCCCAGAGCGUCGCGAUGCUCUCCUCGGACGUCCCAGAGCGUCGCGAUGCUCUCCCCGGACGCCCCAGAGCGUCGCGAUGCUCUCCCCGGACGCCUCGGAGCGUCGCGAUGCUCUCCCCGGCCGCCCCGGAGCGUCGCGAUGCUCUCCCCGAACGCCCCAGAGCCUCGCGAUGCUCUCCCCAGCCGCCCCGGAGCGUCGCGAUGCUCUCCUCGGACGCCCCAGAGCGUCGCGAUGCUCCCCCCGGACGCCCCAGAGCGUCGCGAUACUCUCCCCGGCCGCCCUGGAGCGACGCGAUGCUCUCCCCGGCCGCCCCGGAGCAGUCGGGAUGCUCGCCCCGGACGCCCCAGAGCGUCGCGAUGCUCUCCCCAGCCGCCCCGGAGCAUCACGAUGCUCUCCCCGGACGCCCCAGAGCGUCGUGAUGCUCUCCCCGGACGCCCCAGAGCGUUGCGAUACUCUCCCCGGCCGCCCCGGAGCGUCGCGAUGCUCUCCCUGGACGCCCCAGAGCGUCGCGAUGCUCUCCCCGGACGGCCCAGAGCGUCGUGAUGCUCUCUCUAGACGCCCCGGAGUGUCGCGAUGCUCUCCCAAGCCGCCCCAGAGCGUCGCGCUGUUGUCCCUGGACGCCCAAGAGCGUCGAGAUGGUCUCCCCAGCCGCCCCGGAGCGUCGCGAUGCUCUCCUCGGACCGUCGCGAUGCUCUCCCCAGCCGCCCCGGAGCGUCGCCAUGCUCUCCCCAGACGCCCCAAAGCAUCGCGAUGUUCUCCCCAGACGCCCCGGAGCGUCGCGAUGCUCUCCCCGGACGCCCUAGAGCGUCGUGAUGCUCUCUCCGGACGCCCCAGAGCGUCGCGAUGCUCUCCCGGGACGCCCCAGAGCGUCGCGAUGCUCUCCCCAGCCGCCCCGGAGCAACGCGAUGCUCUCCCAGGACGCCCCAGAGCGUCGCGAUGCCCUCCCAGGACGCCCCAGAGCAUCGCGAUGCUCUCCCUGGACGCCACAGAGCGUCGCGAUGCUCUCCCCGGCCGCCCCAGAGCGUCGCGAUGCUCUCCCUGGACGCCUCGGAGCGUCGCGAUGCUCUCCCCGGCCGCCCCAGAGCGUCGCGAUGCUCUCCCCGGACGCCCCGGAGCGUCGCGAUGCUCUCCCCGGACGCCCCAGAGCAUCGCGAUGCUCUCCCCGGACGCCCCAGAGCGUCGCGAUGCUCUCCCCAGCUGCCCCGGGUCGUCGCGAUGCUCUCCCAAGCCGCCCCGGAGCGUCGAGAUGCUCUCCUCGGACGCCCCGAAGCGUCGCGAUGCUCUCCCCAGACGCCCCGAAGCGUCGCGAUGCUCUCCCCAGACGCCCCGGAGCGUCGCGAUGCUCUCCCCGGACGCCCCGGAGCGUCGCGAUGCUCUCCCCCGACGCCCCAGAGCGUCGCGAUGCUCUCCCCGGACGCCCCAGAGCGUCGCGAUGCUCUCCCCGGACGCCACAGAGCGUCGCGAUGCUCUCCCCGGCCGCCCCGGAGCGUCGCGAUGCUCUCCCCGGACGCCUCGUAGCGUCGAGAUGCUCUCCCCGGACGCCCCGGAGCGUCGCGAUGCUCUCCCCGGACGCCCCGGAGCGUCGCGAUGUUCUCCCCGGACGCCCCAGAGCGUCGCGAUGCUCUCCCCGGACGCCCGGAGCGUCGCGAUGCUCUCCUCGGACGCCUUGGAGCGUCGCAAUGCUCUCCCCGGACGCCCCAGAGCAUCGCGAUGCUUUCCCCGGAAGCCCCAGAGCGUCGCGAUGCUCUCCCCAGCCGCCCCGGAGCGUCGCGAUGCUCUCCUUGGACGCCUCAGAGCAUCGCGAUGCUCUCCCCGGACGCCCCAGAGCGUCGCGAUGCUCUCCCCGCCCGACCCGGAGCGACGCGAUCCUCUCCCCAGCUGCCCCGGAGCGUCGCGAUGCUCUCCCCGGACGCCCCAGAGCGUCGCGAUGCUCUCCGCGGACGCCCCAGAGCAUCGCGAUGCUCUCCCCGGACGCUUUGGAGCGUCGCGAUGCUCUCUUUGGCCGCCCCAGAGCGUCGCGAUGCUCUCCCCGGACGCCCCAGAGCGCCGCGAUGCUCUCGCGGGACGCCCCACAGCGUCGCGAUGCUCUCCCCGGACGCCCUAG